AUGGCAGACAGCAGCCCGGAAACCAUGGGCGAAACUAUGGAAAGUGAAUAUUCUUCCCCCGAGGACCAAACGGCGCAAAUCGUAAACCAGAAGAUUAUGGGCCAAGUACAGCAAUUGGUCCAGCAGAAUAAGUACACUGCGCUGAUCCAAGUCAUCGAGCUAAGCACUCAGCACGUAAACCAGCGAAAAGAAAUAGCAAAACUCCAGCAGUACAUCAAGAAAGUGCUGGAGGAAGGAGUGCAAACUAAAAGUGAUCUAAUCGUGCAGCACAAUUUUAAAACGAAUGUGCAAAGCAUUGAAGACGUAAAACAUGACACUUCUAUGCGAUUGCGCGAAAAAUUGGAAGCAAUCAAUGCACACAUAAAGUCGAACGACGCGAUGCGCUCGCACCUCAAGGAACAUGACGCGGUGGCACGUUCAGAAAUGGAAGAAAUAAAGAAACUGUUGACCGAGUUAACUGAGAAAGCAAACGUCCUUCAGUGUGCGCUCAAGAAAGGGGAAGGCCACUUGAAAACCCUACACAAACAGCUACAUAGCGUCGCUGCAGAAAAACAUAUUCUCCAGCAAGAUUGUCACGCCAAGGAGUGUGAAAUGCAAAAUGUGUCCUCGCACGACGCUGAAAUUAUGCAGCAGAUCAAGAACGAGCUGAUUGACAAAGAAAGCAGUGUCAAACAGCGCACCGAAGAGCUGAAGCAUGAGGAGCAAAACCAGAGCAAACAAAUGAACGCUUUAGAACAGCUUCAAUCCGAGCUCAACGUAAUGCGAAACAAUGUCGAACAGCUGAAGCAAAAGGUUGACAGUGAACUGUUGAAGGAAACGCAACGCUUUCGCAAGGAAAUAGCUUUUUCGGAGAAGUCAUUCGAAGAGAUGAAAAUGAAGAACGAAAACAUGAUCGCACACAUGACAAACUCCAUUACGGAUUUAGUCGAACAAACGAAAAAAUCUGACGAACGUAUCAAUGAGCUGCGUAACAGGCAAAAUGAAUUGAGCAACAAUUUGCGCGUCUUGCAUGAUGAAAACAGUAAGCUGAAACGGGAGCUGGAGAACUACAACCGCAACAAGGAACAAGAAAUGGCGUUCGCACGACUGAAGGAAUCGAUUAAAGCGUCCAAGACCAGUGCUAAGGAGGCUGCCUCGAAGAAAUCGGCGGCUUUUAUUAUGCGACCGAAAAGACAAGUAUUCAUUAAGGAAGCGAAGAACAAUAAAGAAGUAACAGCUACAAAGAACCCACCGAUGCCUAUCGCCGCCGAAAGCGAGCAUUCCAGUGCGUUCGACGACUCUGUGUUCUUCGAAGGAAAAUUGUAG